CCAGCAGCUAGAUUUCAAAACCAGUUUCUGUAGCGGCAAGAAACGUCAUAACAAACAAAGAAGGGGGCACCAACUGGAACAAAAAGUUUUGGGAUUAAUCCCAAGUUGAAGUCCACUUACGAACACGUGCCGAAACUACUCCUGUGACAACAAGCGGUUCUGUCCGCCGCUCGAACUGUCCCUUCACACAAACGUCCCUAAGUGGCAUGCCAUGCCAUUAUCCAAAGAUGUCGAGACUAGGGGACCACUACCUGGCAUGCAAAUGAAGCGUGCAAUGGUAUUACGCCUGUCCUCAGAGACCUUUGCAGAGCUUAGUCGGGCUAUUGCUGGCGGAGCAGGCAGUGGCGUGCCUCCGAUCGAGGUACAGUUUGGUGAUCAUGAACCAAGUGUGCUUUAUAUCGGUGGGAGGCGGGUUGACCUCACUGACUUGCCAGAGUCUGUAUUCGAAAUAUAUCGUCAGCGCCGAACGAAAGGCGCAUCGGGAGCAGGAAACCCCUUGGAGCUCUAUGGGACUGUUUCUUCCACUCUCACUGCGAAACGUGUUCUUAACGAAGAAGUAGAAGGUCGUUUACACCAACGGACACAGCAAGCCGAAGAGGAUCGUACAAAGCGCAAAGCUAUAUACCUCGACGGUGCACCAGAUACAUUGCAAACCGCCAAGAAGAGGAAGGUUGCUAAUUCGUCAACGGGGUCAUCACUGGCAAAACGGGCCCUGACCCAAGCUCGGACAGGUGCUGGUCCGGCGUCUGCGGCUUCAUCCAGGCCUGGUUCUCCUUUGCCACCUCGACAUGCCACAACAACCUCACCAUCUGGAAUAGAGCGUGCCUCAACACCUGUGGCUUCUACGGCAUCGCUCUCUCAGGGACAUGGCACUUCCGUCGCCUCGGCUCCUGUGGCGGCGCCAGUACAAAGGCGCCCAGUACCAAAGGUGGUUAACCGCCCCGCGGACCCUCCACAAGUCUCUGCGGAUGGAUUCCUCACAUCUUCAUGGAAGGGUGGGGUCAAGCCAAAGGCAAACACCUCUGCUUCAGGCUCGAGCAGACCGGCGAAGUCCAAGGUCGUGAAAACUCCUGCAAUCGUCCCCGAUAACGCUGAUGCUCAAGUUGACGGUCCAACUACUAAAUCGGUCCCUGAAAGGUCAUCUGCAUCCACCACACCUACGCGCUCUUCGUCCACUUCCAGCACCAAUCCUGCCCGAAAAAUGGCCGUCGGCGAGCCGCUACCUUCUCAAUUGAAUCGCCAAGCCACCGCCAUACAACCACCUCCUUCUGCAUCAUCAUCAUCAUCGUCUGCAUCGAACCCUGUUGUCCGGAAGAAACGAUCUGCAUCAGAUUCCAUUGACCAUGAUGAAGAUAUUGCGGCAGCCGUGAAUAGUAUGCCGACAUCUAAGAAAUCUCGACCUCCAGUGAAUUACAUAGAUGACGAGCUUGUUGCUGCUGCUGCCACGACCGUAUCGAACGGAAAGGGCAAGGGCAAGUUAAAGGCUGUCGUCGCUAGUCCUGAAGAUAGCGAGCUCGUCGCAGCUGCUUUGGUAUCCAAGGUCAAUGGGAGGCCGAAGAAAGUGGCGACGGGAGUGGAGGACGAGCUUGAAGCUGCGGUCGCAUCAACGUCCGCCAGGCCAAAGAAGGCCCCGAAUACUACCGCCUCGCGGGCGUCUGCGGAGGAAGACAUUGCAGCCUCAACCCGGGCAGCAAACAAUGGGAAACCUAAGAAAAAAGUCGGGAAGAAAGCCGAAACAGGAGAUACCCCGGUGAGGCGUAAGGCGCCACAACCACUUUAUAACGACAGCACUGUUCAAAGCGUGCCCCCACCUCUACCACCACCCACCUCAAAGCGCGUCACCGCAACUUCAAAAGCAUCAAGAGCCGCAGCAUCCUCAGCAACCCCUUCACGCUCAUCGACUGUUCACGCGAGCGCCGGCAACACAGCCCCAACAAUACCGCAUCCACCUAAAUCUAGUCCCCCUCCCAAACGUCCCAAAACCACCACUCGUAAAAUGAAUGGAGAUGCUCGUCGUGCCUCUGCCAUGUAUACGAGCAGCGAGGAAAGCGAGAAGGAUGUCAAGCCCUCCACCAUUACCCACAACGUCGCCCCACUAUCGCGAAAGCAAAUGAACGGGAACGGGACCACACUUUCUUCGUCUGGCACAUCAUCAGCACCGCCCAAUUCCACCUCGCCUGUCCAUAAACGAAUCCCUUCUGCGGCAACCAAUGCCCCUUCUCCCCCUCCGCCUCCAUUGGCGGCAAAAUCUAAGAAGAAGAAAGAGUUCGUAAUCCCGCCCCUGCCUCCAACCACGGAUCGUGCUGCACUGAAAGCACAGUACGAUAAAUGUUACGUUCCCUAUUCCCAACUGUGGGCUCGAAUCGUGGCUGAGAGACAUCGGAGUGAAGUGCUACUCAAGGCUAUCGAAGAGGGUUUAGAUGACGAAGGAGACAGUGAUGACGAGAACACCUCUUCCGAGGAGGAUGUAGAUGCAUUAGCGAAUUCUUACGGGGCGUUACAUCAAAGGCUUUUAGAUAUUAGAAGUUUAUUGGGGGGGUGACGGAGGUGGUUUGACGUCUAAUUGUACUUCACUUUGUUAACACACACUUGGAGGAAGGAGAUUCUCAUUUUUUUCUUCCAUACAUUUCCCACAGUUUUAGUAUUAAUAUUAUUCUAACCCUCGGAUCCAC